AUGCUGCGAUUGGUUGCUCUGUUAGGCUUGGUGUCGGCGGUGGCUGCCCGAUUGAGGAUAGACCCGCUUGUUGAUACUCAGCGGGGACUCAUCAGGGGACUGAGGUCCGAAAAUGGAAAGUUCGCGAAGUUUUUGGGCAUACCGUACGCACUAGUUGAUGAGAACAAUCCUUUCGGGCCAUCAGUACCACACCCUGGAUUCGAAGAGACAUUCGAAGCGUACGAUGAUUCCGUAGUUUGUCCUCAAGUUACUAAGGGCGUCGGAGUUGGUAGUCUUCAGUGUUUAAACCUGAACGUUUAUGUCCCAAACACGGCUACAUCGCGCAACAAGCGCCCCGUGAUGAUUUGGAUUCACGGAGGAAGCUUCGCCACCGGCAGUGGGACAGGCAGGGACUUCUCCUACGACGACCUGGUCCGACAUGACGUCAUCGUUGUAUCGGUCAACUACCGACUCGGACCCUACGG